AUGGCUUCUCAACAGAUACCAGAAACGAUGCAAGCUGCACAAGUCAUAGAGUUCGACAAACCCUACAAAAUAAACAACGUCCCUGUCCCCACUGACCUCGCCCCCGAAGACCUCCUCAUCCGCGUUGCCGUCGCCUCCCUCUGCCACACCGACUUCAUGGUCCAACACGGCAUAAUGGGCACAAACCUGCCCUGCACUGGUUCACACGAAGGCUCCGGCACCGUUGUCGCGGUCGGCUCCUCAGUCGAGAACUUCAAGCCGCAUGACCGCGUAAUGGGUGGCAUAAUCUACCACCACUGUGGAGCGUGCGGCGACUGUCGUGGCCCUGAAUCCUCUACUCAAUACUGCGCAAACGCCGCUUACUGCGGUGUCAAAGGCGCAGAUGGAUAUUUCGCGGAGUAUGCUAGAAUCGAUAGUCGGUGGGCUGCUAAAUUACCUGACAAAGUGUCUUUCAAAACGGCUGCCCCGCUAGCAUGCGCGGGUUGCACCGUGUAUAAAGGCAUAGUGCUUGCGGGGCUGAAAGAAGGGGAAUGGAUUGCACUCGUGGGAUCUGGAGGCGGGCUGGGCCAUCUAGGCGUACAAUUUGCUAAAGCGCUUAGGUUGAAUGUUGUGGGUGUCGAUGCGCGAGACGAGGGGCUGGAAUUGACGCAGAAAGGAGGCGCGGAUGUUGUCAUUGAUGCGCGGAAGGGCGAUGAAGCAGUGGUGAAGGAGGUUAAAGAAGCCACAAAUGGAGAGGGGGUAGCUGCUACAGUCAAUAUCAGCGACGCCAAGACAGCAGCGGCUACGAGUUGCGCGAUCACGCGUAUGCAUGGGACGGUUGUUCAGGUUGCACAGGCAACUGAGCUCAGGACACCAUGUCCGAAUUUCCUUCUUCAUCAUGCUCUUGCAAACAAAUUCGAGGCUGACCUUAACAAUCAACAGCCUGACAACGUAUCCAUCCCCUUCCAAGAGCUGAUUUUCCGAGACAUAAGAUUCCGCGGCUCGCUGAUCUGCUCGGCGCAAGAGGCCAACGACAUGCUCCAACUCGUCGCUAAGCACGGCAUCUCCGUCAACGCGAAUGCUUUCAUGGGUCUUGGUGAGAUGGAUAGGCUGAUCGAGUUAGCGGAGAGCGGGAAAAUGAAAGGCAAAGGCAUCGUGAUCAUGGAUCAGGCACAAAUCGACGCGGAGGGCAAAGAGGUCGUAUGA